AUUUGUUUUGGUUGAAGUGAAAGUGUAGAAAAGAUAAUGCUGUUAAUAUUACAAAAAUAGAUCAUGAGGACCAAAUGGGUCCUUUUCUUGGUGCAAAAGACUUCAUGUGAAAUUAUAUUUCUGGAAUAUCAAAAAACAGUGCCACAUUCUUAUUUUCUCACCAUGAGAGCAAACCACAAAACAAAUUCAAAAGAAAGCAAAGCCUAAACUGAGAAAAAUAAAAAAAAAAAAAAUAAAGAAAAACAAAUGUUGAUGAGAAGCCUUCAUCACAUGUACUCCACUCACAAAACCAUCCUACUUCUCAGGCUCACUUCAUUCUUCCUUCUCCUCUUCAUUUUUCUCAGUAACCAUCGCAACCUCGUCCAAGCACAAGUCUUUAUCUAUGCAGGUUGCUCUCAAGAGAAGUAUCAACCCAACUCCCCCUUUGAAGGCAAUCUCAACUCCUUUUUGACCUCUGUUGUAAGUUCAUCCUCUCAAGCGUCUUACAAUAGCUUUGCUAUUGGAAAUGGAACCUCAAUACCAGCAGAGGCUAUCGUAUAUGGCUUGCAUCAGUGCAGGGGUGAUUUGAAGACUAUUGACUGUUCAAGAUGCAUGGAAAGCGCAGUUAACCAGAUAGGACUUGUUUGUCCAUACUCUUAUGGGGCUGCUUUGCAACUAGAAGGCUGCUAUGUAAGAUAUGAGCAUAAUGAUUUCUUGGGGACGCUUGAUACGAGUCUGAGAUACAAGAAGUGCAGUAAAAGUAUAAACAAUGAUGCCGAAUUCUUUAGGCGAAGAGAUGAUGUUAUUGCUGACUUGCAAACAGCUAUGGGAUUUAAGGUCAGUAGUUCAGGUCUGGUAGAAGGUUACGCUCAGUGUUUGGGGGAUUUAAAUUCAGGUGAUUGCUCUUCUUGCCUCGCUGAUGCUGUUGGGAUGUUAAAGACUUUAUGCGGAUCAGCUGAAGCUGCCGAUGUGUUCUUGGGGCAGUGUUAUGCGCGAUACUGGGCAUCGGGCUACUAUGAUUUCGCCUCAGAUUCCUCCAACGAGGAUCAAGUGGGAAAAACAGUAGCCAUCAUCGUUGGUAUAAUAGCAGGAAUAGCUGUUAUAAUAGUUCUUCUCUCAGUUUGCCGGAAAUCAAUGGGAUAAGGAGAUAGAGAUAUGAGUUAUCAUGGAAGCGUCCGGAAUGUUUAUCUUGAUAUUCCUGUGAAAGAUAUAUAUGCUUUCUGCUUUAUUUUUUUUUUAAUUAAUUUUUUACUUUAAUGGACUAGCAGUUUUUGCACAAAAGAAGGUGCUUGUUAUCCUCUGCUAUGAGUGGCACUGCCACUGAUCAUCUCUAUCAACUUCAGAAGAGCUACUGAUUCCCUUCCCCUCGUCCUGUCCAACAAAAACCCAUCCUUCUUUUU